AUGUAUCAGCAUGAUCAUCCUGCGUAUAUCAAAUUACAGCAGAUCGGGAAGGAGAUCACACAAAGAGUAAAGCCACGCGCCGUUGUUGUCUUUUCCGCACAUUGGCAGGCCGGGAAGGAUACUAUCCAAGUAAAUACGGCAGAGACCACGGAUCUGAUCUAUGACUUUUACGGAUUCCCGUCACAUUACUAUCAGGAGACGUAUCCAAAUACUGGAAGCCCUGGCGUUGCCGCAAUGGUCAUCGAAGCCAUACAAGACGCAGGCAUUCACGUCGAAGGGGUGACGAGAGGGCUGGAUCAUGGAGUUUGGGCGAGUUUUAAAUGUGCUUUUGAUCCGAACGAUAACCCUCUGAAUGUUCCUAUUGUUCAGGUGUCUCUGUUCCAGACAGAGGAUCCCGAUCAGCACUUCCGUCUUGGCCAAGCGGUUUCCAAGCUCCGGGAGAACAAUAUCCAGAUAAUUGUAUCUGGAAUGGCGGUGCAUAAUUUGCGAGACAUGCGCUUUACCUUUGGAGACCCACGGCCGUUGCCAUACGCGGUGAGCUUUGACGAAGCACUGACGGACGCCGUUACCAAAGCGCCGGGCGAUAGGCAACAGGCCCUGCGUGAUCUAUUAAAAAGACCAGAUGCAAGACAAGCACAUCCGACUUUUGAUCAUUUACUGCCCAUUCACGUCGGGGCCGGAGCUGCUGGAAGUGACCUCGGCACCAGGCUGUUCUCAUUUCCUGAGGGGAGUAUGAGCUGGUCGCAAUUCCGCUUUGGUAACGUCGUUGUCGAAUGA